AUGGAUAGAUUACACUCUGAUUCAAGUUUACUGGUAUGCCCUGCUUUUACGAGCGAAUGCUACCGCGCCUCUCACGCACCUUUCAUUUCAGCCACCAUCACAGAGGAACAAGCUGCCGAGUCUCUCCGUUUAGUUUGGGUCACCACCAACGAAGACCUUUGCACUCAGUGGCAGCAACAGCUGACAGAAGACACUCGCCUUCGUGCCGAACAAGAACUCACAGCUGAAGCGGAAGCUACUCGCCUCUGUCAAGUCCACCAGCUAGAGGAAGAAACAGCUCGCACAGACGAGCGAAAGAAGAAUAGAUUCAAACAUACCGACAUCAUGAUGCAUCCUCAGCCAGACACCAAUGAGGAAGAAACUUUCGUUUCUGAUUUCGCCUUAAGGAAAAUUGACAAGGGACACUUUGUAGAGCUUUACUAUUGGACCAACUCUGGCUUGGAGGAAGCUCUCUUCUCCUACAGCACCAGAGACAAUGAGGGACUCAUUCCUUCAGAGCAGGAUGGAGCUAUGGUUUGGAUCAGCGCGGCGGCAUCCAAGCCUUCCAAGCACGUGGUCCCUGACCGUUUCCUCUCCCCAGUUGACUUUGCACAAGCUGUUCCUCGGAUUGUAGCCGCUCUCGAGGAACACGAUUGGCCCAAUCAACGUGUUUUAAUGCUUGCAAGGUUCUGGGGAGCCAUUAUGACUCACCGUUACUGGAAUUCCAACAACCAGAUCGCCCAACGGGCUUUAAUGAUCUAUCAAGAGGAACAGCGGAGGGCGUGGCACAUGGCUGUUGCACUAGGCAAUGGUGCCUGGGACCUCUCCAUCAUCAGUGAUACCAUGCUAGCUUGUCUUUUUGACCGCGUACUUCGUGAAUCUCGUCAUCGAGAUCAUGAAUCUCAGGUCAGUACUUAUCGACUCGCAGCCAAAAAACAGCACUAA